ACUAUGGAACUCAUAAUACCCACCUCGCCCAACCUGGGUGACACGACCCCAGUGACUCCCAAAUCCCCAUAUUGGGUCGAGUCAAAAAUCGACAGAUCAAGUUGGGAGGAGUUCACCUUUUCAAACGGUGAGACCCGCCUGGUGCCGCCUGACUUCAAGCAUGAGGAUUAUAUCAUCGAUUUUUCCUCUCCUCCAGCAUCGCCUACUGACAGCGAGUAUAGUGGCUCAAGCGCGACCGACCCGGAGGGAUACUCCGACUCGAACGCAUCUCACUCUAGCGAUGAAGUCGAUGAAGCUGUACCGUCGAACCCGCCUUCCCACUUCGCCUCCCCCCAAAACUCACCAACUGACCCUCCAACACCCAAAGACACUCCGUCAUCUACCGCAGGAGCUGGCUCCUCUACAACAGCUCCCCGCAACAUGGUUCUCUCCAUCCGAACCACUCCUUACCUCCCCAUCGUUCCUAUCUCUACACUUCCUCCGCCUCCCUCCCCUACAACCACCCUUAAGAACAUCGUCGGCCCUCUCCUCGCGGUGAAACACAACAACCCAAAUCACGACGCCAUCGCCGAGCCCUUCUGCCAGUACCUCUACGACACUCCCCUCACAACUACUACCCUCCCUCUCGUGAUCCCGGCCCUCAUCGAUCACUUUGCCGUGACACAGAGGAUCGCCACUAAUAUCGCCUACUUUCACGCCCAGGGUAAAACCACUGAUAAGCAUUACGAGGACAUGCUCGCACAUAUCCUUGUGAAUCCUCGAAAGUGGCGUGGUGAGCGCGGUGCGUGGGUGUAUAGCGAUUGGCUCUUCGAUCGUAUCGUGGUCAAAUUUGCUGAGAUGAAGAGGGAUGCUGCUCGUGAGAAGGGUGGGAAUAGUCGUGGCGAUGGGAAAGGUCGUGGGAGGAGUGGUAGUCGUGGUCGCUACACCUCGCAUGGGGAUAAAUCGCGGGGAUAUGGCCGCGGUAGUGGGAAGAGUGGAGGUGAUAGCGGGAACAAAGAGGGAGUUGGAUCGGGACGCGGGCGUGGGCGCGGCUCUUCUCGUGGACGACGUGGCGGGGAAGGUGAUGGGAGUCAACGUCGCGGUGGACAGUAAGUGCCCAAGUCCACCCAUUCUUUGAUUUUCGUUUUUGAUAUGCGGAAUAUGUUUUCUGGCGCCUGGGAGUUGGGUUGAUAAGAUCUUGCAUUUCCGUGCCCUCGAUACUUUUCGUGAGACAUGUAU